AUACACUAUACUUGUCCACAUAAGCGAGAUUAAGAAUUGUUCAUGAAAUAUUGUAGGAAUAUUCCGUCAAGUUAACUUCCAACUUUUAAUUAAUUAGUAGGGGUGUCCAUUCGGGUUCGGUUUUUUGGGUUUACCCGAAACCGACCCGAUUAUAUACAUUUUCGGUUUUUUGGAUUCGGGUUCGUUUCGGGUUUCGGUUUUUUCGGUUUCGGGUUCGAUUUUGCUUAUCGGUUUUUCUGGUUCCGGCUAAGAACCUCCAAUGAAUAGAACUCAGUAUGUAUUCUUAGGCGUUCGAGUUUUCGGGUUUCGGUUUUGCUUUAACCGAACCCGAACCCGAUAAGGAAUUUUCGGGUUCCGGGUAUUCAGUUUCGGGUUUUUCGGGUUUCGGUUCGGAUAAUCGAACCCGACCCGAACUGACACCCCUAUUAAUUAGUAUACAAGUGGAUUUUUUCCUUCUUUUUAGCUUUGGAUACUUGACAAUUAGCUAUUGGCCGGGAGCACCACAUAGGAUUAGUGACGUGGUACUCCCAGUGUAGGCAAUAAUUCCUCAUAGUCUACAUCUUCCGGAAUAUAUAGUUUUUCUUUCUCAACCCUCCGAACAGAAUCCAAUCCCAAAACGGCGGCUAGGGUUAGGGUUUUACGCAAGCCAUGCAGAAGGAAAUUCCGGCGGACCUCCAGGUCGACGUCUUGCAAAGGCUUCCACUAUCCCGGUGCAUCGUCCGAUUCCGCCGCGUCAGCAAAUCAUGGCGCGCUCUCCUUUCGGAACCCUCUUUCCUCCGGCAGAAACUAUCCUGGCCCGAAACGUCGUCGGAUUCUUCUUCUCCGCCGCUGACUAUGAUGAUCGAGAACAAUAACUCCCUCCUCAACGGCAUCCAACGCGCCAGGUCAGCUUACUCUCUCUACUCUCGCCACGCGCUCAUACGGCUCCGCCGCGAGGCGGCGGACAUACCCUCCAAUUUGCACAACUACGACAUUGCCGGGUGCUGCAACGGUCUGUUGUGCUUCUACGAGCGACGCGGCCGACCGGCGGGGGACGCGAUUCUUUGGAAUCCGACAACCUCAGAAACAAAAGUUCUGCCGCCUACAAUAUUCAACCGCCGACACACGAGUGCCUGGGUUAAUACAGUUGGAUUUGGAUUCGACCCGGAAACGAACGACUACAAAGUCGUCAGAAGAAUAAACUAUUUCGAAGAUCAAGCGAGUCCGAUGGACUUCUUCGUGGAGCUGUAUAGCUUGACGACCGAUUCGUGGAAGGAAAUCCAUGGAGGCCCUUUCCUUCCCCUGGUUCCGCCUCCCGAGGUCGCUCGGUGUUUCAACGGGAAGUUGUAUUGGUGGAGCCACCCGUUGCGCUAUGUAUUCGAGCUCGUCUCGUUCGACCUGAGCAAGGAAGUGUUCCGUGGAGGGCAAGUGGGGAACCCAGCCGAGCUAUUCGAGGUCCGGUCCUUGUUCGUGGUGCCGAACCAGGAGGAGGAUUCGUUGGUGGCGAUUGGUUCCCCUCGUCACAACCCCUCCUCUUUGGAGGUAUGGGCGCUACUGAGGUUGUGGGUGACCGCGUCGUGGACCAAGCUGUACGUCUUCGCUCCUGACUGUUAUGAAUUCUGUGGGAUUUCGAGGGAUUUCGUGUUUUACGAUCGUAUAAUGUAUUCGGAUGCUAGUGAUUGCGUCAUGAACGAGGGGAAGAUCACCGCCUGCCGUUUGGGGAACGGAGAAAUUAUAGAGCUUGGCAUCUCGACGAGUGUGGUGCAUCUGAUAGUGAAUUAUGUGCCUUCUCGAGUUUCUUUGGUAUAAGGAAAGGAAGAGUCUAUCUGUUUCUGGUUUCAUCAUUGAUCGUUUUAGAUAAUUGUUGCAGUUCAAUCUCAGCUGGGACAAAUGCAAGCUAUAUGUGUCUUGCUGCUGAAGAAAUGAAGCCCGCAGUUAAAGAAAUGAAGAAUGCAGGGGAGGGGAGGUGCAGGACAACUUGGAAGUGAUGAUCUGUGAUGUGUGAAGUAAAGAUCAAGUGGCCUGAAGGCUGAAGCUGAAUUGAGGCCAGGUCACUUCUUUUGGGACCACAGCUGAGGGUAUUAGUUGCAAUGUCCCUGCUGGAAUUGGUAGGAGACAAGGAAAGCGACUGAUGUACUUGCUCCAAUCUUUGUUUUGUUGGUUUAUGCUUGUUGUUUCCUAGUAAAAUCUGUCUAGGGUUUGAUGUCCAGUCUAUAGAAGGCUUUUUGUUUUUUCAGUUGAUGUAAUGUGAGUCAAAAGAUAUAUAUUGAAAUGCAAUGGAAAUGAGAUCGAUCUGAAGCUUGAAAGCUCGAAUAUUGUCCAAGCAGCUCUAUUUUUUUUUGGUUACUAUUACCUUGGUUUCUUAGUUUUGAAGUUAGCUUUCUACACAAUUUCAUAUUCUACAAUAAUGAUUAUACGUAGAGCUCAAUAUUUGAAUCGGGAGUUCAUGAAUGUUCUAGACUUUCUAGCUAGUACAGCCAUCCUAAUAAGUGCAUGCAAAUAAG